CCAGUACUUCAGUGUUCUUUCGUUUCUCUCACUGUGUAGCCCACACCGAAUUCCUCCUCCAAUUUGCUGCAGCACUUGGAGGUUCCUUUUUUUUGCCCAAAAUUGUGUCUUUUGUUGUAGAUUAUCUUCUUAGUGCGUGCAGUGAGGAGCUGGAGUGGAUCUCGAGAUGAAAAUCUCUGCAAUUCAGAGAGCUCUACUCGCUUCUGUAGUCAUAUUUAUCCUCUGGAUACCAGAUGCUGUACUUUCCGAUGAUCCCCGCUGUUCUACGGAUCAAUAUGAAUGCGACAACGGUGAAUGUAUAAGUUCCAAGAAAAUGUGCGACGGGACACCCGAUUGCAAGGACAGAAGCGAUGAGGUUGAUUGUGAACGGAAGAAAUGUACCCUCCCAAAUUGGUUUAAAUGCAAAGAUGGCAAUUGUAUUAGUUCGGCCUUCCGGUGUGAUGGCUUUGACGAUUGUCGCCAUGGGGAGGAUGAAGAUUUUUGCACAGACUUCAAAGCUCACCACGUUCCGGCUAAUUGCACUGCUGAAGAAUGGCGUUGUACGGAUAUGAUGUGCAUCCCAAAGGAGCUUGUCUGCAAUGGCCAGAAGGAUUGCUUCGACGAUUCAGACGAAGAGAUUGGCUGUAAGGAUAUUCGGGAUAAGUGCAAAGGCUUCCUCUGUCGCAACGGGCAUUGCUUGGAGAGUAAGCGUUAUGAAUGCGAUGGCUACAAUGACUGCGGAGAUGGUAGCGAUGAGGAAAAUUGCGAUGGAAAGUGCAGCAUAGAAUAUCUGAAGUUUCGUUGCAAGGACACCAGCGCUUGCCUCCCGCUCGAGAAGGUUUGCGACAAUCGAACAGACUGCAAGGAUGGCUCUGACGAAGGAGGACACUGCAACAAUAACACAAUCUGUGAUCAUUUGAGCUGCCCACGACGCUGCAAAGUCUUCCCAGACGGACCCCAAUGUCUCUGCCCAAGUGGUUACUCCUUUAACAGAGAGGCCAAUACGUGCGAUGAUGUCAAUGAGUGCAACAACUAUGGGAUUUGCUCUCAAGGAUGCAUUAAUACACGUGGGGGCUACAAAUGUACCUGUGCUGAUGGUUUUCGCCUCAAGAAUGACAAUCGCACGUGCGUUGUAAUGUCCGGAGACCCUCUGAUGCUCUACACAACGCAACGAUCCAUCCGUGGCUAUAUGCUAAAGUCGCAAACGCAGGUUGUUGUUGCCAUGAAUCUAUCCCUCGUUAUUGGCGUGUCCUACGAUGGUCGUUCAGUUUUCUGGACGGAUCUCAGUCUCAAGGGUGAGAGCAUAAUGCGAGCACGUGGGGAUGGGAGUCAGCGUGAAAUUCUGCUGAGUACAGGUUUGGGUUCUCCGGAAGAUAUAAGCGUGGAUUGGCUCACAGGGAAUAUCUACUUCACCGAUGGGCAAAUGAUGCACAUUUCUGUGUGUUCCAAUGCGGGACACUACUGUACCAAACUUGUGCAGAAUAAUGUUGAAAAACCCCGUGGAAUAGCUCUACAUCCGCGCAUUGGUGUUAUGUAUUGGACAGAUUGGGGUAGUCAUCCGCAAAUUGGAGUUGCAGCUAUGAAUGGAGCUGGGGCUAGGACAUUCGUAGAUCAGGACAUUCAUUGGCCCAAUGGCUUGACAAUUGACUGGCCAAAUGGUCGAAUUUACUGGGUAGAUGCAAAAUUGAGUCGUAUUGAAAGUAUUAAACUCAAUGGGGAGGAUCGAAGGACAAUCCUAAAGGAUAUUGUUAAGCAUCCCUAUGGAAUUGCAGUGUUUGAAGAUAAGAUCUUCUGGUCUGACUGGACGACGAAUUCUAUACAGUCAUGCAACAAAUUUACCGGAAAGGAUCAUUCACUCCUUCUGCACAGCAGGCACAUCUACGACAUUCACAUCUACCAUUCAGCCAUACAACCUUCUGAGAAGCAUGCUUGCUAUGGGAAUUCCUGCUCUCAUCUCUGUCUCCUCGGGAUGAAUAAGACUUACAGUUGUGCCUGUCCGAAUGGUAUGAUUCUAAGCUCAGACAAAAAGACAUGCCGUGAUUCUCCGGAAAAGCGCUACCUCAUCCUAGGUGCUGGGACUUACUUAGUAACGAUGGAGCAUCAGGAGUUUGGGAGACAUUCCCUUGGGAUUGGAGAUAAUAUAAAUGUUGUGAUUAGUGAGCUUGUUCAUAACUCCCUAACUGGGGAUGUUAUUGUUGCCAGCAAUAUUGAGAAAAUAAUCUACUCUGUUAACUUCCAAACGAAAGAAACGAAAGCACUUAUAAGGAGUGGGAUAGGAAAUAUCUCUAGUUUAGCUUUUGAUCAUUUGAGCAACAAUCUCUACUGGACAGAUGAAGAACGUGGAACAGUGGAGGUGUACUCCUUCAAUACAAAACAUCGUGCAAUUAUCCAGCACUACAUGGGUACAGAUAAACCCAUAGCUGUUGCUGUGGUCCCAGAAAUUGGGACAAUGUUCAUCGCUCUGCAAGAUCUGGGUGGUCAUAAUCACAUUGAUAAGCAACUUCUGCAUGGACGAGGUGCCCAUACGCAUGCAAUUGAAGAGGAUAUGGGGGUAGGAGGGAAGAUCUCCUUCGCUGUGGAUACAGAAGUGGAGUCACUCUUCUGGACAGACGAAAGUGCUGAUCGUAUUGAAUUCACAAACUUCGAUACGGACAUUCGACACAUUUUCCGACGAAGCCUUCGCAAUCCCGUCUCACUUACAACCAUUGGGAAUAAUGUGUUCUGGACUCAGGCAAAAUCCCCCAAAGUGUACUGGGCUGAAAAGAAUAAUGUGGAAAUUGUUAAGAAGAUUACGCUGGAAAAGCCCAUGUUUGGGCUUUUCCCCGAAAGGAUUCCCAUUGCAAGGGCAAGUGCCGCUGUAAGGACAUCAGAUCACAUUUGUCUGAAAGAUAAUGGGAGAUGUUCGCAUAUUUGCGUCUCAAUGGGACGAUCAACGAGUGCCUGUGUUUGUCCACCGGGGAUGGUAUUUAAGGAUUUCCACAACACUACAUGCAUCGAGAAUGUGGACUGUGAAUUCCGAUGUGGCAGCGGAGAAUGCAUAACAUCAUCGCGCGUCUGCAAUGGACACAUUGACUGUGCUGAUGAAUCUGACGAGGCGAAAUGCAAGGAAAAGGACUUCCUCAAGAAAGGUGCUCAGUGCUCCUUUGAUGAGUUCCGUUGCACCGAUGGAAGUCAGUGUGUGUCCCAAGAAAAUCGCUGUGAUCUCAAUCGUGAUUGCUCCGAUGGAUCAGACGAAGUUGACUGUGAGCACUAUGAGCAUAAAUCCAAAUGCCAUCGACUCCAGCACGCUUGUCCCAGUGGGAUGUGCAUUGAUAUAACAUCGCUAUGUGAUGGAUUUAAUGAUUGCAACGAUGGAUCGGAUGAGAUGAAUUGCACGGCGACAAAGACAGAAGAUACCUGUGUUGCAGCCAAAGGGGUCUUUAAAUGCAUUUCAGGACAGUGCAUUGAUGCAAGUUGGGAAUGCGAUGGAUUCAGAGACUGCACUGAUGGUUCGGAUGAACACAGCAAAUGCCCAACUGAUGAUCAUAAAUGUGACAACGGACAUCAGCCAUGUGCUUCAGGGCACUGCAUUGAUUCCAGGCUAUUCUGCGAUGGACACAAUGACUGCCCAGAUGGUUCAGAUGAACGGGAUUGCAACGUUCCAAGCUUAGAUACAUCCAAGAUUGAAUGUGGAGAAGGAGUGGAUGCAGCCAAGGUGUUCCAGUGCGUCUCAGAUCCUAACAUUUGCCUCAAUCUCACUUCACGUUGCGAUGGUUUUGCUGAUUGUCCACGUGGUGAGGAUGAAUUGGGUUGCUCACGGUGUAGCGUACACGAAUUCGAAUGCAAGUCUGGAAAAUGCAUUCGAUCAGAGUGGAGAUGCGACAAGGAGGAUGACUGUGGUGAUGGCAGCGAUGAAUUAGACUGCCCAAAGAACGGAACUGCCCAUUCAAGCACAUCAAAGCUCCUCUGCCGCGAUGAUAUGUUCCGUUGUCGCGAUAAAAGUUGCAUUGAAUGGCGCAACGUCUGCGAUGGGAAGCCUGAUUGCGAAGGGGGUGAUGAUGAAUCGGCUGUGUGCAAGACUGCCUGCGAAAACCAUCCAUGUGGUCAGAAGUGUACACCAUCUCCUAGUGGUCCAGUGUGCUCCUGCAACGUAGGCUACACACUCUCAGGCAACAAGAAGGAUUGCAUGGAUGUGGAUGAGUGCAAAGAGUACAAUCCGUGUGCACAGAAAUGCUUCAAUAUUGAAGGUACCUUCCGUUGUGCCUGCAAUCCGGGUUUCCUCCUACGAUCCGACAAGACAACAUGCAAAGCAACAGGCAGCAGCAAAUACAUGCUCUUCACAUCAUUCAAUCAGAUCCGCAAACUAACCCCAUAUCCAUCAAAAAUGAGUCUUCUUUGGACUGUUAAUACAACAAAGAUCACCGGAAUGGAUGUUAAUGUUGCCCAAAAUAGCCUCUACAUCUCCGUAGGGGAAGCUUCAGCACUCUUCCAGAUCAAUCUCCGUAAUAAUUCCGUUAAAUAUGUGCAAGAUGUGGGAGUUCCGGAUCGUCUUGCAGUUGACUGGAUUACGGACAAUGUGUACUUCCUUGACAAUCAGGGAAUACCUUCAGUGAAGGUGUGUCACAUGAGUGAUGAAGCAUGCUCCAGGGUCAUUACAUUCCGCUUGAAGGAUCACAUGAAGGAUAUCGUUGUGGAUGCAGUUAAUCGCGUGAUGUUCAUUGCAGUUUCGCAUACAGCUCUCUUCGGUAAGACAGAGUCUGCAGUUUACCGGGCAAAUCUCGAUGGGAGUCAUUUGGAGAAGAUUGUUGAGAAUGUCGUGCAAGUUUCCGCUCUGGCAGUAGAUACGAGCAAGAAGCUUCUCUUCUACGCUGAUUUUGCAACAAAUAUCGUCCAGUCGUGUUCUUACGAAGGGACAGAAGUUAAGACGCUAAUAAGGAAUAAUCAAGCUGUUGCGCAACCCAUUGCUUUGACCCUGUUCGAAGAUCACCUGUAUGUGACGAAUCUAGGGAGGAGUACUGUGGCUCAGUGUCGUGUCUUUGGGGAUAAGCACUGCAAGUUGGUUAAUGUGAAUGUCUACAAUGCUGAGGAGAUUGUAAUUGUGCAGGAAUCACGACAGAAGAAUACAACGAAUGUUUGUGCUGAGCAUCAAUGUUCCCAUAUUUGCAUCCAAGCAGAUCUUGGGGCCAAGUGCCUAUGCCAUACAGGAUCUCAAGUUAAACCUGGUGAACCUUGCAAGAACGUCCAAGAUGACAACGUAUUCUUGGGAACUCAAUUUGUUAAUGCACCUGACGAUGCUGAAGGCAGCACAUCAAAUCUCCCAGCACGAGCCACACUUAUUGUCAUCACGGUGCUCGGGCUUAUUGCAAUGGUCUCCUUCGUCGCCUACAAGAAGAGGUAUCAACUGAAGAAUCUCAACAUCAGCAUGUACUUCCAAAACUCAUCAGGCACCGCCAGUGGUGGGGUCCCAGUGGUUAAAAUGUGCAAUGCACCAACGGCACCAACAGUCGUAUCCAUGGACACUCACAAUGAAAUAACACUGGAAGUUGGCGAUAAGGGACACUUUCAUGGCAUGACACCGACAGUUUUUGACGAUUCAUCCUCAUUCGACGAUCUAGACGAUAAUCCCAAAGCCAAACUAAUCAAUUGAUUUUUUCAACUCUCGGCAUGUAUCCAAGAGUCAGGGAAGAAUCCCAACUAUAUGGACAUCCCACUCAUUUUUAGCAUAAUACACCAUUAUGCUUUUGCAUGUUAUUCAUUUUUCUUUCACUCAAUGUAACAUCACUGCUUUCUCAUGGGAAACAUGAGAAUCUCAGGUCAUACACAAUCAUUUACCUCUGUGUAAAAAUUCUUUUUGUUAUAAUUUUGGGCAAAAUGUUGUUAAUUACUGUACUAAUUCCUAUGUAUAAGUUUAGUUUAGUUUAAUAAAAAAUCUUCAUCAUACAAUUAAAA